AGCAGUAAUUAUAGCUUUCCUUUCAAUGCGAAUGCAUUGGUGUAAAUAAUUACCUACACCAUAUUUACUCUGCCCUCUCUCUGCCAGCAACAUGUCACAACUUUUCAUUAUACAUUAGCACGUGUGUUCAGCAUGGCGCUAUAACUUGAUCCCAGCGUGUAAAAUACAGCAAAUAAAUAGAUUAAUUUCUCAUCUUGUUUACUACUUUAAUUUGACAGAUAUGCAAAACAUUCGCAUUCAACUGACUUCAAGCAAUUGUGGAAAUCGAUAAAAUACAAUUAAAUGACAAUCCCGUUAUAAAACUGUAAUGUCUAUUGUUCUUAAUUAACCUUUAAAAUAUUUUAAUUUUCAGUUUCAAUAACAGUGUUUAUAUUACAGAAAAAUUCCCAAAAAAAUCUUAGCAAAUAUGAAAACCCACCAAAGGACCUUCUUAGGAAGAAUGAAGCUAAUGGCACAGAAAUGUUCCCGCAAAGCUCUUCUGCUUGCCUUUGCCGGAUGCCUCUUCCUAAUAAUUUUGACUCGUGCAUUCACAAGUAAAGAGAACAUUGAUAAUAUUGAAACUGAAGGUACCUCGAGACCAGCGAUGGAGCGUUCGUCGCCCGAGACGGAGGACUUGUUCCUGCAUCCUGACCUCGUGGGGAAGGACAUGCACGACGAAGCCGUCAUCAAGGCAGCCCAGGAAGCCCUCAUCGCCCCCUCACAUGAUGUUCCUUACCAUCUUGACAACCCCAACCGGAGGUUCUUUUCCCAGCAUGGCCAAGAUAUUUAUUUGAAAGAAGUUUUCAAAGAUACGAGAGGAGGCUUUUUCUUCGAAGUAGGCGCCUUCACUGGGGAGACUUAUUCGAACACGUUGCUUCUGGAACGGGAGCUCGGCUGGACGGGGGUUCUGAUGGAGCCGACGCCCAGCAGCUACCGCGCCCUCAAGAGCAAGAACAGAAGAGCGCACAUCAUGCGGGCGUGCAUCGCCCCUGACACAAACUACAGUGAACUUCUCUUGGAUGUGGGAAAAAUAAAUGCAAAUGAAAACACACUCACCAAUGCCGAGAAGACACAAAAUUCUGUGAGAGUUCCGUGCUAUCCCUUCUACAGCGUCAUGGCGGCGCUGGGCAACCCUGUGGUGGACUACAUGUCCCUCGACGUCGAGGGCGUCGAAAUGAAUGUGCUGAAGAGCAUUCCUUGGAAUGACGUGAAGAUCAGAGUUAUCACCAUCGAGAUCAUCUGGGCUGCUGAAGGUCCUGAAGGUAUCAAAAAGUUCAUGGAAGGCAGAGGCUUCGAGUUCAUUAGACAACUUGAUUUCGACUAUCUUUUCUUCAACAAAAAACUCAGUGAUGGCUUGAACAGGGAAUUCAAAGUGUGAAAGCUGACGAAACCUUGCUAGAAUUAGAAGCAGUCAACUCACGUACUCGUGAAUGCAAAUGCUAUCUUACUUAUCCAGAUUCAAAUUUCUUCCCAAAAAAGAUUAAGUGGAGUUCCAAAACACGUUAGCAUUAGAAAUUCUCCUGCUGCUGAAACUUUAAAAAAUAGAUGACCUCCCUAACGAAAUUCGGUAACCGCAUAUAGGCUUCGGCCGAAUAGUCACUCACUCGGUGCAAAGUAAUUCUGGGUUUGUGUGGUCACCCGUUCAAAAUCAGUUUUUGGUCAGAAUCUCCAUUCCGACUUUUUAGUCUGAGAGGAUGAUAAGUGUUGACCGAGCUAGCAAGCUGCCCAGCAGCUGCCUUUCGUAACGGGAGCCAAUGCGGACAUAGAGAAGCUGAUUUACGAGCUCUCCAAGUCCUAGGCGGCCCUAAUGCAGGAUUUCUCACGUUUCUAACUAUUGUUAGGGCUUAAAUAGCAGCUUAAAGAAUGUAUCGAUACCUCCAGUAAACUCCUCUCCGACACAAAACGCAAAAAAUCAGGAUUUCAUGCUGCCGAUACAGGAGCAUAAAGACCUGAGAGUAAUCGUGAAACUUAUUCAUGAAUUUUUUCUCUUGAUCAAUGUUUUAGUCCGAGUGAUCAUAUGCACGAACAAAUGUUGAUAUCUGACUGACUUGGAGGAUAUUCGCCUUAUUGCCAGUUAUAUAGUCGUUUGCUAUGACAAAUUUCUUGAGUAUUAGGGAAAAAAUUUCGUUCUCCCCAGUUGAAAUAUUGACAUUUAU